GCAAUGUGGUCUUCCACCACCACACUAUGCCUCUCCUCUCUCCUUAUCCUAGUCUUAUCUCUCUCUUUCUCCGGUGCAUACUCUUACACCAACCCCAAGAUCAUCGGCAAAGGCUACCGUCUCAUCUCCGUUGAAGAAACCCCCGACGGCGGGAUUCUCGGCCUCCUCCAGCUCAAAUACAAGUCCAAAACUUUCGGACCCGACAUCCCUCUCUUACAGCUCUUUGUCAAGCACGAGACAGAUCAACGGCUGAGAGUCCACAUUACCGAUGCUCAGAAGCAGCGGUGGGAGGUACCCUACAACCUCCUACCCAGAGAGCAGCCUCCGUCGCUGAAGCAGAGCAUUGGGAAAGCCAAGGACCCUAUAACAGUUUCCGAGUAUUCAAGCUCGGAGCUCAUCUUCAGCUACACCGCAGACCCGUUUGGGUUUGUGGUGAAGCGAAAAAUGGAUAAGCAAGUACUUUUCGACACCAGCUCUGAUGCUUCAGGCCCUUAUGGAGAGAUGGUGUUUAAAGACCAGUACCUUGAGAUCUCUACAAAGCUUCCUAAAGAUGCAUCCCUUUAUGGGUUGGGAGAGAACUCCCAGCCCCAUGGGAUCAAGCUCUACCCAAAUGACCCUUAUACCCUCUACACCACUGAUACCUCUGCUAUCAACCUCAACACUGACUUGUAUGGCUCCCACCCAGUUUACAUGGAUCUGAGGAAUGUGGGUGGUGAGGCUUUUGCUCAUGCUGUUCUGUUGCUCAACAGUAAUGGGAUGGAUUUGUUUUACAGAGGUGAUUCUUUGACGUAUAAGGUUAUUGGGGGUGUGUUUGAUUUCUACUUCUUUUCCGGGACUAGUCCACUAGCUGUGGUUGACCAGUACACUUCUUUCAUUGGAAGACCGGCUCCAAUGCCUUACUGGUCUCUAGGAUUCCACCAAUGCAGAUGGGGUUAUCACAACUUAUCUGUGGUUGAAGAUGUUGUUGAGAAUUAUAAAAAGGCUCAAAUUCCUCUAGAUGUCAUGUGGACUGAUGAUGAUCACAUGGACGUGCGCAAAGACUUCACUCUCAGCCCCACAAACUUUCCCCGGCCAAAGCUUCUGGCAUUCCUAGAUAAAAUUCAUAAGAUUGGCAUGAAGUACGUUGUCAUUGUUGAUCCUGGAAUUGGUAUUAAUAGUUCGUAUGGUGUGUACACAAGAGGUCUUGCUAAUGAUGUUUUCAUCAAGUAUGAUAAUGAACCUUACUUGGCUCAGGUUUGGCCAGGGGCUGUACACUUCCCUGACUUCCUCAACCCAAAAACUGUUUCAUGGUGGGCUGAUGAGGUCAAGCGCUUUCAUGAACUUGUCCCUGUUGAUGGGUUAUGGAUUGACAUGAAUGAGGCUUCAAAUUUCUGUUCUGGGAAAUGCACAAUUCCAAAGGGGGUACAGUGCCCUAAACCGGGUAUACCUGGCUGGAUAUGUUGCUUGGAUUGCAAGAACAUCACAAAUACGAGAUGGGAUGAUCCACCUUACAAGAUAAAUGCUUCAGGGACGCAAGUUCCCUUGGGUUUCAAAACCAUUGCCACUAGUGCAUAUCAUUACAAUGGCGUUUUGGAGUACGAUGCUCACAGUCUUUAUGGUUUUACGCAAUCCAUUGCAACUCAUCAAGGUCUUCAAGGAAUUGCAGGCAAGCGGCCAUUUAUAUUAUCCCGCUCCACUUAUGUUGGUUCAGGCAAGUAUACUGCACAUUGGACAGGUGAUAAUAAGGGAACUUGGGAGGAUUUGAAAAUCUCAAUCUCUACUGUCCUCAAUUUUGGAAUAUUUGGGGUGCCGAUGGUUGGCUCAGAUAUAUGUGGGUUCUAUCCAGCACCUACUGAAGAGCUUUGCAAUCGUUGGAUUGAAGUGGGUGCUUUCUACCCGUUUUCAAGGGAUCAUGCAAACUUCGCUUCCCCAAGGCAAGAGCUUUAUCAGUGGGAGUCGGUAGCUAUCUCUGGUCGAAAUGCACUAGGUAUGAGGUAUAAGCUCCUUCCUUAUCUGUACACUUUGACCUACGAAGCUCAUAUCAGUGGAGCUCCAAUUGCAAGGCCACUGUUUUUCUCAUUCCCAACAUAUACUGAAUGCUAUGGGUUGAGUACUCAAUUCUUGCUAGGAAGCGGGCUUAUGAUCUCUCCAGUUCUUGAGGAAGGAAAAACCGAGGUCAAAGCAUUGUUCCCCCCUGGAAGCUGGUACAGUUUAUUUGAUAUGACACAGGCUGUUAAUUCAAAGGGACAGUAUGUUACACUUGAUGCGCCGUUGCAUGUAGUUAAUGUGCAUUUGUAUCAGAACAACAUUCUACCAAUGCAGCAGGGUGGAAUGGUAUCUAAAGAUGCGAGAAUGACUCCUUUUAGCCUCGUAGUAACCUUCCCAGCUGGGGCAAGCAAUGCGACAGCAAAGGGAAACAUUUUCAUCGAUGACGAUGAGCUUCCAGAUAUGACACUGGGAAAUGGCUACUCCACAUAUGUCGAUCUCUAUGCAACCCUAAGUCAAGGAUCUGUGAAGGUGUGGUCAGAAGUUCAGGAGGGUAAAUUUGCUCUAGAACAAGGUUUGAUUAUUGAGAAGGUGAGUGUGCUGGGACUGGAUGGAAGCGGAGGAGCAUCAGCUCUCGAGGUUGAUGGAACUACAGUGACAAGUGUUUCAAAGAUAGAGCUGAGCACACUGGAGCAGGAGUACCAAGAGGAGGUGGAAGAUGGAGAGAGCAAGACCAAGAGUGUAAUGGUUCAGGUCAAUGGUUUGUCACUCCCUGUGGGUAAAAACUUCGCCAUGUCCUGGAAAAUGGGCGUCCAAGGUUGAGAGCUAGAAUGCACGUCUUCCAUUAGUUUAGAUCUCUUGAUUACGUUGUUUUCUUUUCUGAAGCUGUUAGCAGCGAGGGUAUUGUUUGAUUUCGAGUUUAUUAUUGUGGUUUUUUUUAUGGCGAGGAGAUGAGCCAAGGAAACGCUCAUCCUUUUCCAUGUAAAAAGAGCCAACAUAGAGAGGUUUAGAAGGUCCAUCCAUUGUUGUUGUAGCUACUAGUAUCUAUGGAAUAAGGCAG